GGAUAACUUUCUAAACGUGACCUUUUAGUUUUUACCUUCAAGCACGGUCAGAGUUGCUUCUCAUCCUCACCCGAUGCAUUUAUAGAACGCCCGACUUACAUCUCCCCCUUUUUUAACGUCCUUCAGAUCCGAGUGCACAUAUCGCAACAUAUCGAGUGCAUAUUCUAUAUCUUUACGAAUAUAUCAUUAACCCAGUACCUCUAAUUUUCAAAGACUCUUCUUUGAUCUGGGAUAGGAACUUGCCAUAAUGGCUACGCCAGUUGUCUCCCUCGCGCCUCCGGCGGCUACUCUUUUCCAGCUUCCCCCUAAUUCAGAGCCGUACGCCAUCCCUCCUCCGAGCUACAAUACGCCUUUCCGCAUACCGGAAAACUUAUACGUCAACGCUCUGGACCCAAAAGUGCCCAUCACGAUCGCUGCGGUAUACGCGGUUACUGCUAAGGCUCUCAAUGCAUACAAUAAGUCGACUUGCAAGAAGCCUUGGGCUAUAAGCAAGACGAAGGCGUUCCGCUUCUUCGUUAUCCUCCACAAUGUCUUCCUCGCUGUUUAUUCUGCAUGGACCUGGUUGGGUAUGCUCAAUACCUUCCGGAACUCGAUCGUGAGCCCGGCUGGACCCAAUGGCUGGGCUGGUACUGUUGACAGUAUCUGCAAGAUUCACGGAACUGCUGGUCUAGAAAACGGUGUCAGUUAUAAUCAGGCUCGAGGGGUUUGGGAGACAUUGUUAAGCACCGGCUCUUCAGCAACUGUGCUUUCUCCUAGCCCGGAUGACAGGGGACGAAUUUGGAACGAAGGAUUGGCGUUCUACGGCUGGAUUUUCUACAUCAGCAAGUUCUACGAGGUUCUUGAUACCUUUAUCAUUCUCGCCAAGGGUAAAUUCAGCUCAACUCUCCAAACCUAUCACCACGCUGGUGCUAUGAUGGCUAUGUGGGCUGGUAUGCGGUAUAUGUCGACACCUAUCUGGAUCUUCGUCUUCUUCAACUCAGCCAUCCAUGCUAUCAUGUACACCUACUUCACUGUCACGGCUUUCAACAUCCGCGUGCCUCAGGUUAUCAAGCGCACACUUACCUCGCUUCAGAUCUCGCAGUUCAUUAUCGGUGGUUCCGUCGCCAUUAUUCACUCGUUCGUAUCAUACUUGGUCCCGGUUCAAGUCGAAGUCGACCCUGCUGAAGCUGUUGCCGCGGCAUCGAGCAUUUCCGCUUCCGGAAGCGCAACCCCUCGCGCUGGCAGUGCUGCUGCUGUGGUAUCCUCCGAGACUAACUCCACCCACAAUGGCGCGAGCUACAUUACUCGAUACCAAAAAGUUGAUUGCAUCACAACAAAUGGUGCAACUUUCGCUAUAUGGCUUAAUGUUAUCUACCUAGCGCCUUUAACUUACCUUUUCGCGUCCUUCUUCGUUUCGAGCUACCUACGCCGUAGCAAGGCUGAGGUCGUCCGUGCUAAGAGCAACCCGGAUCGUCGUUUAAGCAACGUUGCGCUGGCCGAGAAAGCUAGCUGGGAUGCUGCAAAGGGUCUUGAACGAGAGGUAUAUGGCGAGAGCAAGGAGGGAGUAAUCAUCGAGGAAAGCGACGAUUCGAGCAGCGGCAAACUUCAUCCCUCAUCUGCCGCUCGAGUCAACGGGGUCAAGUCCAAGGCUAAGGGAAAGACCAACAAGAAGUUGUAGAUGGAUCACAUAUGAACUGGGAGGAAUUAAUGAGCUAGCCAAUCACAAGGCUAGCAUCUACGAAUAAAUUGACGGCAGCUAAACUGCAACACUACGGCAUUAUUACACCGGCGAUGCAUGAAAAGUAGCCACCGGCGUUUGGGGGGGCGAGAGAAAAUGGGCGCCUAUGAAAAACGUGCUUGCAUACGGGGUACGCAGAGGUUAUAGAGAUCAAGUGUGUGGCGAGGGUGGGCUCUAAUGAAUGAUGAAAAGGUCAUUCAGGUUAAAUGUAUAUAUCAAGCCGGCCCUCACUUUUAAAGCCAGUAAUGAUGUAUAUAACACAAAAUAUCUUUAGCGAAUGGGUAUCCUUUUUUGUAUCAUAACCUGUACUGCUUGGGCAGUCGAACACUACGAAUGGGGAUAAAAUGGACCUUGAUUCAGGGGAACCAGCCACAGCACGGAGCUUUACUUAUCUGAAUUACUUCUGUUGUGUCACAUUGAUGUGCAUCAAGUACCUGGAACAAUUUCAUGCAAGGCCCUCUUGUGGGAAAGCGAACAGUCGACGCAAGUAGAUAUAAACCUUCUGUGGGGGCUUUAGACAAUUACUUAGUACUUAUAUGUCUGGAUUAAUAGUG